CUUCCUUGUUCCUGCUCCCGUCGGCCUAUGAAAGCCUUUCAUUUUGACCAGCUCCUCCAUCGGGUGCUGCCCGAUUCAUAAAUCGCUGAAUAAGGCCAAUGAGAUCUUCAAAAUUUACUCAUUCCGGGAAGCAGAACGUGCCCUGUGAAGAUGGCUGGGAAUUCGAUCCUGUUGGCCGCUGUCUCUGUCCUGUCUGCCUGUCAGCAAAGUUAUUUUGCUUUGCAUGUAGGAAGAGCAAGAUUAAAAUACAAAGUUAUGCCCCCGGCAGUCGCUGGGUCACCAGAGUUUGAGAGAAUAUUUCGUGCACAACAGAACUGUGUGGAAUUUUACCCCGUAUUCAUGAUUACAUUGUGGAUGGCUGGAUGGUAUUUCAACCAAGUUCUUGCUGCUUGUCUGGGUCUGGUGUACAUAUAUGCCCGUCACAAGUAUUUCUGGGGAUAUUCAGAAGCUGCUAAGAAAAGGACAACUGGUUUCCAGCUGAGCCUGGGGAUGUUGGUCUUGUUGACCAUCCUCGGCGCCCUGGGGAUUGCAAACAGCUUUCUGGAUGAAUACUUGGACCUCGACAUUGCCAAGAAACUGAGGCACUUCUAACGUUCUCCCUCCCCCUGCUCAAAUGCUUACAGAAGGUUA